GAAUGAAUUACUGUAAAUGAAUGAAUCGAAUCAUUUCCGCCGUUGAUCGAAAAAAAUUGUGAUCGUUUAGCUCUGAACAGCAGCAUCUACUAUCUACUGGGGUCUGUCCAACAUCCAACAUCAGACGUGUGAACGACACUCAGCACACAAAAUACCGCACGAACACAAACAGUCCCAUCUAGCACUGUACGGCACCGUACUCCACGGACAAGACUUGCUUCACGGAGGAAACACAGCCGAUAACCGUGCCUGCAAUCAUCGAAACCUCUGCAGACAAGAAUUCUUCCACUCUGCUUGCAGAGAUAUAUUGAUCCAAUUCGUGCUAUUCAGAACAGUUUCUUCGGCAGAAGCAACAGAUUAUGGGCAGUUCUUCAUCCGAGGAAGCCGCCGAGUUGGUAGCAACAAUUCGUGGAGAACAUGUUGUAAUGAAGAAUUGGUUCAACACCGAUUGUUCCGACGAGGCGGCUGCCUUGCGGAAGAAAUACGGUGCUUAUCCAGGUCUAUGGAAAGAAGUCUUGAAUUGGGUUGGAUGGAAAGAAGCUCGCAAGACUUACUUGAAACAUACUCAAAAAGGAGCUUCCACGACAACGACUACUCUGAAGAGCGAAGCGACAGAAACAUCGUCCGAGAAACCAGCACCACGCAAGCGUCGUUCACGUUGGGGUAGCGUUCCUGAGAGCAAUGACAACAAUAAUCAGGGUGCAGCAGCAACAAAAACAACAGCCAACAAGCGUCGCUCUCGCUGGGGAAGAGAGGACUCGACAAGCACAGCAACAGCUAUGAGCRCCACCGCAACUUCGGUGCCGGGUCAUUAUGGUCCUUCAGGAGGUGGUAGUGGUCCUGCAAUGGGGAUUCCAGGGCUUGCACUWCCUGGAAUGCCCACGAACUUGACACCCGAACAGCAGAAAGAUAUGGCCAAAUUUCAAGCGCGUCUUCGCGAAAUCAACACCAAGUUGGAUAACCUCGAGGCCGAAGCAGCUCGUGUGGAUGCCCUUCCACGAGGUCACCGAGAACGGUCGCCAUCUCCACCACCGAGUAAGUAAACCCGUUGUUUUUGUAAAUUUUGUGCUUGAAUUGGAUAAAGAAAGUGAAGCAAAAUUCUUCUCCGAAUCUUCGUCUGCUUCCACUUUUUUUAUCCAUUCGUUGCUAGAUAAAAGGAGUUUCGUUUUCCAACUGACAUACGUACUUAUUCUUUCGCUCUUUCAUUUACAAAAACUAUCAAAACCACCUACUUCCAGUAUACGGAGCGGAUGGAAAGCGCAAGAAUACCAGGUCUGUUCGGUGGCGUCAACGAUACACUGCAGAGCGUCACGAUGUGCUUGAAAAACUCAUGAGCAUGAAUCCAGCCACCCGUCAAUCAAGUCUGUUCAAGCGCAAAAGAACCAAGAAAAUCCGAAUUCCCAUCGAAGAUCAUCCCCAAUACAAUUUUAUUGGAUUGAUUAUUGGACCGCGUGGAAAAACACAAAAGGAACUGGAAAGAAAGACAGGCUGCAAGAUUGCAAUCCGUGGACGCGGUUCGGUGAAGGAGGGGGCUCGAGGACGACGGGACGGAAAAGUCAUGGAAAGCGACGAUGAACCUCUCCACGUAGUAAUCACUGGUGAUGAUCAACGAUCAGUCGAUGCGGCGACGGAUAUGAUCGAGCAAAUGUUGGUGGUCAUCGACGACGAAAAGAAUGUCCACAAGCAACAACAACUUCGAGAAUUAGCGCUUUUGAAUGGUACUCUAAAAGAAGACGAGUAUUGCCCAAUUUGCGGCGAGAAGGGCCACCGGGCUUUCGAAUGCCCCAAGCGUUUCAGCAUGAAAAAGAACGCGAUGCAGGUCAAAUGCGCCAUAUGUGGAGACAGCAGUCAUCCCACUAGGGAUUGCCCACUGAAGCCCAAGGAAGUUAAACAGGCAGAUGCCAAAGAAAUGGACUCGGAUUAUAUGUCAUUCAUGGCAGAACUAGAUGGCAAAAAGGUUGAAAAAUCUACUCCCGGGGUUCCACCUGGGGCACCGCCAAAACCAGAGGGAAUUAAGAACCUUCCUCCGCCACCAAAAACGAGUCUCCCUCCUCCCCCGUCUGGAAAUCUAGCAGCUMCGCUACCUCAUGGUCUCCCGCCGCCACCUCCGCCACCAGUGGCUGGUAAUAAUCCUGUACCGCCGCCACCGCCACCGCAUCAAACAGGGUUGCCUCCGCCCCCACCCGCCUUUCCUCCCCCUCAACCGCCAUCGGGCAGCAGCAAUAACAAUGGUCAUCAAUUCGGGAACAGUGGCAGCAACAACAAUAAUAAUGCCCCAAAUCAGUACCAUCAUCAACAACAGCAAAAUCAGCACUACGGCAAUCGCAAUGAUAACUAUCGAAACGGCUYGCACCAGGGACAAAAUUAUUAUGACCAAGGAGCACAGCAACAGUAUCCAAUGCAAAACCACCAGAAUUACGGAGGUCACCAGCAACAGGCGUCUUAUGGGAAUGAAUCUCAAACUUGGGAUUACACCGCGUAUUACGGACAGGGAAAUGGCAACGGAGAAGGUGCGGGUGGUUUCAAAUGGUGGGAAAGUUAGACACCGCGACUUUGGGAUAAGACGCGAAAGCGAUGCAUUAAAUGUUAUGGCCGGCGUAAAUCCACUUCAGUAAAAUCGAUUUUGGUAAUCGCCACCAACGAUCUAUAUUGGUUGUUUAAACUACUACAAGAAAUCUAUUUUUAUUUC